GCUGCUUGCUAUUUGCAAGGUUAACUCCGCUCAUCCUGGAUGUCACGGUGUAAACAUCGACCCACUCGAAAAAGAUGUUCUGCUCUGUGAUUGGUUGCCGUGCCGUGGUUUGAACAAGUUAAAAACGGUUUCAGCGGGUUAUUGGGAGAAUAGCUGUUGUUUUCCCUCACUUCUAGAGCCGAAAUAUUUACACGCAAAAAUAGGGAUUAUUAUUAGUUCGUUUUUGUUUAGUGCAGAUAUGCAAUUGAUUUAGGGGUUUGAUUUUUUUUUUACUAUAAAUAACAGACCAACGGUCUUCAGUGACGUUUCAAAGAAAUACGGAUACUAAAGCUGCCGCCAUGAACUCCGUGCUGCCGUCGGUGCGCUCCCUCACGGAGAUGUUUGUGGGAAAGACGCAGGAAUUCGUCAGUGAGAUCGAAAAUGUCCACAUGGUUUGGCUGGAAGAGAUACAACAGGAAGCAAAUCGCAUGUUCUCUAGAGACUUUAAUGCUGAACCAGAACUGAUGCCGAAAACGCCUUCACAGAAAAAGAACAGCCGCAGGAGGCGGGUGUCUGCAGGGCGCCAAGAGGAAGGUCAAGCAAGGAGGUUCUCAAAGGGAAAGCGUAGCAAUCUUCGAGGAUCAUCUGUUAAACCCUUGAACUUGAUUCUCGAAGAAGAAGCGAUCUCUGAGGUCUCAACCUCCAAGGCUAGUAACCCUCCAAAACCAAAACGUGCAACUCGUAAAAACAAACAGACGAAGCCUGAAGAUGCAGACGAGAGCUUGUCAGAGAGUGACGGCAGCAAGCAGGAAGAGGUGCAGAACAAGAAGCCAGAGCUGGUUAAGGAAGAGGACGAAGUGGACAAAGUUCAGAAAGUAAAUGAUGCAGAAAUCAAAUCUGACGACGGAAGCGGCACUUCUCAGUCUCCUCCUCAGAGUCUUUUACCAGAGCUGGUCGUCAACAUCUCAGCAGAGGACCGCUUGUCUGCUGAACUUGCCAGUAAGCUAGAGGCGUCUCCGGGUCGCACGGCUACAAAGAUAGCAAUAGCUGCAGCUGAUCGGCGGUCAAAGCGGAGCUCUGCACGCUGCACCCUCAAACUGCGCCACUCACUGGCUGGUCUUCGGCACAGUAUGACACAAGAAUCUGUUCGCCGGGCUUCACGCCGCUCUAUGCUCAAGAGGAAGUCUACUCGAAUGGGCACCUCUACAAGCAGCAGCAGCAACACUGGUGGAGCAAACUCCUCCAUGGACACUGCAGAGGAGGAUAAUGAGGAAGACAAAACAGAAGCAGAAACUGAAGACGCCGUUGAUGACUUGCCGGAAAAAGCAAGUGAAGCAUCAGAGUCUGAAAGGAGUCGCGACGUCCCUGUGCCUGCUGUUGAGCGCGUGACUCGCUCUGUAGCUGCCAAUUCUCCCAAACUGGCUCCCCCUCCGCUGUUUUGCUCUCUGGUUAAAAUGAGCACUCCUGCCAAAAAGUCAGUGACUGCUGCUGGGAAACAAAGCCAGGCAACUCGAAGCUCGAGGCUCAGCUCAAAACGAAAGGCCCCAGAUACUGAGGACAGCCCCUCGAAGCGCUUCUCUCCACCAAAGAAAAGCCAAAGUACCAUCAAGCCGAACAUGAGAUCUUUUCUUCACACCGUGAAUAAGAAUCAGAUGCUGAUGAUGACCCCUAGCUCCAUUGGCCGAACCGCCGUGAUAAAAUCCUUCAUCAAGCAGACCACUCCUCUGAAAGUUGAUCCUAAAAUAAACAUGGGGAUUGUGACCAAAGAACGUUACAAGCUGGAGGCUCUUAGAAAGAAGCAGGAACAAGAGGAAGAAAGAAUGAGAAAAAUGGAGGAAGAAAAGAAGAGAAAGCAGGAAGAGCUGAAGAGGAAAAGGGAAGAGAGGAUAAAAAGAGUGUUUGAGGCAAAAGUAAAGGAAGAGCUGAGGGAGGAAGAGAAGAAAAAGAAGAUUGAACAAAAGAUGGCUCAAAUUGAUGAAAAGAAUGAUAAACGUCAGGCUGAGGAGAAAGCUAAAAAGAAACUGGCAGCAAAGCGUCAAGAAGAGCUGGAGCAAAAGAAAAAGCUAGAAGAAGAAGCUCGAAAGAAAAAGAUUCAGCAGGAGGAGGAGGAGAAACGACAGCAGGAGCUGGCAGCCAAAAAGAAAGCGGAGGAGGAGGAACAGCAAGCUCGCAAAGCUCUGGAGCGCCAGAGGGAGCAAGAACUGGAGCGGGAACGGCAGGCAGCUGCUGCAGCUGCUGCUGCUGCUGCAGCUGAAAGAGAACGGGUAGAAAAAGAAAAGGCUCUUGCUUUACAGCGUGAGGUAGAGAGAGCAGCCAGAGAAAAAGAAAAGAGAGAGCUGGAGGAGCGAAGGAAAGCAUUGGAAGACAAGAGGAAACUGGAGGAGCAGCAGAGGCUGGCUGCAAAAGAGAAAGCUCUAAAAGAGAGGGAAGAAGCGAAACGGAGAGAAGCUGCUGCUGCUGAGGCACAAAAGUUGCUGAAUAAAACAGUUGACCUUGAGCACUCUGCAAUGAAAACGCCUAUCAGAAAGGGUGGUCUAAAUGUUACUGUGGACAUUCAGGAAAUGUCACCUCAGUCGUACACCAUCACUCCUAACGGCGGAAAUAAGAAGCUGACUAUUUCAAAGAAUCCACAGAAUUACGGAAUGGACCAGAACAGCGACGAUUCAACAGACGAUGAGUCUGCCCCGAGAAAACCCAUUCCCGCCUGGGCCGGAGGUGCCAGUCUGGAGCAGCUAAUUAUGAAGCAGUACUUCAAACCUAUUGAUGUGGAUUCCAUCUUCCAGCCCAUUGAGCCACUCAGACUGGAGAACAUAUUUUACAAAAGCAAGCCACGUUACUUUAAACGCACCAGCUCUGCAGUGUGGCACUCGCCUCCAGCUGGCGGGAAGUGAGACCUUUUUAACUGAGAGCAGUGGGGUGUUUGCUGCUGUAUUCAUUUUUUUUUUUAUCCGUUUCAAAUAAAGUUUUCCCAGUGUAA